AUGGUUGGAGUCCGUGGGCCCGGCGAGUUAAGCGGCCGCGAAUGCGCUGGGUACGAGCGCGAGAUGGUAUUCAUCACCGCAACCAUCGACGACGGCGGCCGUUGCUCGUCUCACCCCCCCCGACAGGUAUCCGCGUCCAAGAAGUCUCCGAAAGCAAAAGCUGCCGAACAAACGGCGCCUCGCCUUGCACCAACAGAGCCGCUAACACCCGCGUGGGAUGACUUGAUUUCCUUGUCUGAGAACGGCGUUGUGUACUCGGUGCAGAUUGCGACUCUGCAUGCCAGGCUGCAGAACGUCUUGCGAGGCGAGGAGGACCGCAAUCGAUUCAGCUUUCCCAUUGCCUUUCCACCAUACCUACCCAUCGACGUGGAAACCUGGGACAACGGAGGUGACACGGACCUGGCUGCGCAGAACAUGAUCAGCCUCUUGCCUGCCGGUAACGUCGCCGGUCCACCAGAUGGGAUAUGCGCAUUUCUGUUCGAGGACAAGAUCAUUCUUGCCCUUCUUCAUAGGAAAGCGACCUUCUUAUCCUCAUUUGAGUGGUGUACAAUCCCAUGGGAGAUGCACCCCAAGAGCAUCUUUGACAGACUUUUCGACGUCAUCGUCCAUCUGCCUGGCAUCUUUGCUCGAGUCGACCGCACCAUCCCAUUCGCUGCAACUUUGCAACGCCGACUGAAAGCGCAGGAACUUUUGAGCAGUUGCUUGCAGGUUGAACAGCAGCUGGAGGAAUGGCAUACGUUCGCACGCUCCCCGACCCUUGAGCAUCCGUAUGCGUACUGGAUCGAAGAAUCGGACGAUCAAGAUGCGCAACAAGUUCCUUUCGCCAACCCUUUUGUCGACAACUUCGCAUUCAAGGACGGGAUUACCGCCGUCAUGUUUCUGUACUACUGGAUGACGCUGUUGCUCCUCCAUCGGUGUAUCGAGAGUCUGCACCACGCCAUAUUUCAGCCAGUCAUCGAGGAUUUUCCGAAUAUGUACCCGGAUCUGCCGCCACAUCUACAGAUCAAUCUAGCGAGAUAUCAGCAGCGUCGGGAAUUCGCGGCCAGAGUGUGCCGUGCACUGGACUUUGCCCUCAACACAACAGUACAGCCCGACUUGCUCGUUGCUCCUCUCGCAACGGCUUUGGAGUUUUACCGAGAGCUCAACUCAUCCUCGCGGGAUGGAGAGCUGGAGAUCAUGUGGUGCGAAGGCUUCAAGCUGAGGCUGGCAUCGAAGGGACAAGAUAUUGCCAAUGUACUCCAAAGCAGGCAGUGGGCCGACCUGGCGAGAUUUUGA